UUGUGGCGGCUGCAGCGGCAGCCCGGACUGGAGGAAGUGUUUGUACCGUGCUGGGGGGCUGAGCAAGCAGCAGAAGAAAGUUGAAGAAAAUACUUCAUUUGUUCCAAAGAAGAGCCAUAAAAAGACGAAGUGAGGUCUCAGGAGAGGCUGUGACCGAGCUGAGAGCAGAUUCCAGCAGAGGAAAAUGUGCCUCUCAGCUUGCAUUAAGCCUGUAUGACGGGCUGAGGGCUCUUUGAUCAGGACUCCUUUUCUUUCAGCUCAUACCGACAAAGAGGAAACACAGAGGGAUAAAAGGAAGAAUCAAAGCACUCAAUUCAAGACUUAAAAGGAUUUAAGAUGGAGGAGGGAUAUGAGUUGGACCUUACAUACAUCACAGAGCGCAUCAUCGCUGUGUCCUUCCCUCGAGGUUGUACAGAGGAGAUCUACUCCCACAACCUGAAGGAUGUCACCCGAAUGCUCAAGUCCAAGCAUGCGGAUAAUUACAUGAUUAUCAACUUGUCAGAGAAAAGACAUGAUCUGUCUAAAAUGAACCCAAAGACACUUGACACAGGCUGGCCAGACAUGCAUGCUCCACCUCUGGAUAAGAUCUGCACCAUAUGUAAGGCCAUGGAGAGCUGGCUCAAUGCUGACCCUCUACACGUGGUGGUUAUACACUGCAGGGGUGGAAAGGGUCGCAUUGGUGUUGUAAUCUCAUCCUUUGUGCAUUUCACUGAUGUAUCCGCCAGUGCUGAUCAGGCCUUGGACCGCUUUGCAAUGAGGAAAUACUAUGAUGAUAAGGUCUCAGCUCUGAUGACACCCUCACAGAAAAGGUAUGUUUGGAUCCUCAACAGUCUCCUCAGUGGAUCCAUGAAGAUCAACGCCUCGCCCUUGUUCCUGCACUGCGUCAUCCUCCAUGGGUUACCAAACUUCGACACCACUGGAGUUUGUCGUCCGUAUGUUAAGGUCUAUCAGGGAAUGCAAGCAGUGUAUUCCUCUGGAAUCUAUCACAUCGGACCAAGCCACAGAGACCGUGUGUGCAUCAGCCUGGAGCCUGCCCAGCUCCUGAAAGGAGACAUCAUGAUUAAAUGCUAUCACAAGAGUGACAUCAUUGCAGAGCGUGAGGUAAUUUUCCGGCUGCAGUUCCACACGGGAGCAGUGCAGGGCUACAACCUCAUGUUUGAAAAAGAGGACAUGGAGACUGCCAACAAAGAUCCUAGAUUUCCAGAUUACAGUAAAGUGGAGCUGGUGUUCUCUGAGGGACCAGAGAAGAUCCCAGGAGCUGACAGGUGGCAUAACGGAGCGGAUGUUAUUGUGGACUACAACACAGCAGACCCUCUAAUCCGCUGGGACUCUUACCAGAACAUCUGUGAUGGUGAAGCGUCCCGCUCUCACGGACUAGGCCAGGACAAAGCGAUCAAUAAGAGGAACCCCAGCAGUGGAGGAGGAGGAGGAGGAGAGGCCACGCUGGGCCGAGGGGCUCGCACCACCUCUGCAACCUCCAGCCCUGACCACAGCGACCACGCCCUCUCUGUCAGCAGCGAUUCAGGCCUGUCCAGUACGUCUCUGUGGGCAGACCGACCUGCGCCUGUCACCACCUCGGUCAUCAAGUCAAAAGAGGGCCCCAGCCCACAGGAGAAAGUCCAGCUGAAGCGCCUAUUAAGUGGAUUUGGACUUGAGGACCCAACUCUGGAGGUGAUGGAUAAUCAAGGCUCCAGAGUUGGCAUCCAGCAGGUUGUCCCAGCGCAGGUGCACAUUAAUGGAGACCCUAGACCCAGAGAGAGGGAAACAGAUAUCCUGGAUGACGAGGUCAUUACAGGUCAUGAUCUGCACAGUGUGGACAGCUUAGGGACUCUGUCGUCCUCCUGCCACAAGAGCAGCCAGAACUCCCUGCUGUCAGAUGGCUUUGGGAGUCCAGGAGGAGAGGAGCAGCAAAGCCAAAGCCAACACCGGCCUGCGCCUCCUCCCAUGGAGGAGUACGAGAGAGCGUAUGCAGAGUCUAAAAGAGGCUGUCUGAGCUCGAGGAGCAACUCUGUGGCCUCCUGUAAUCCCAGCACUGCGCCCAUGCCCAAGAAGCACGUAUACAGACAGGGGAGCUAUUCCACACAGUCCUGGGUCCGGCAGCAGCAGAUGGUUGCUGCAGAGCAGUUUAUAUACAUGCCCGAAGAGGGAAAUGGCACAGAAAGAUACCCAGGGAACAAGCAAGGGAGCAGUCCACCCAAACCAGGCCUGCCUGCAGAGCUGCAAGGCCCUGCAAGAGACAAUACAACAAACUCACAGAGGAGCACAGUGCCACACAAAGACCAGGCAACGAUAAACAAUAACAACAACAACAAACGGGACGAGGAGUUCAAGUCACUAACGAUGGACAUCGACAACUCCAUCGACCAGCUCAACCAGCUGAUUAUGGACCUGGAUCCAACGUUCAUGCCUGUGAAGAGCCGAAGCAGCUCAGUGAAAAGGAACGGAGGGAUGCAAGUGAACGGCUCUGUCUCCAAAUGCUCGAAUGGAAUUGAUGUCAGAUUCAGCGAUCAUAACGCCACAACACUGAAAAACACACAGCAGACAGCUGUCCAGUCCAGCGAUGGCCGCAUGGGUGUCACACGGACUCUGAGUCGACAAGGAAGUGACAUCACAGAUCAUCCAGGCUUCUGUAACUCAGGGUGGGGUGUUACAGAAGAGUACAGGGCCCAGCGGACGUACUCUCCAUGUGGGCCACAGACACUGCAUCACAUGCUGUACAGGAGCGACAGUGCAGACUACAGGGCCCAGGGACCAGACAUGGACAGUGGAGUAGAGGCUGGAAGUGACAUGACUCCGCCCACCCCAGCCUUCCCCAUCUCUCCUCCAACACCUUAUGUGAAAAACAUGUCAGAAUUCACACAGCUCAGGCAGACUCCAUCCCCCAGCAUGCAGUCGUAUGGAGGCUAUAGGACAGAUCGUGAACCCAGAGGAUAUCCAGAGAUGGUCAGUCAUGUUGACGUUGACAUUUUACCAGACAACUCCAUCAACUGUCACAGGAUGCUCAGCGCUGCACACUCUGCUUCAAUGGCUGGGACGCUUCAGCGGACAGACAGCUCUACAGUGAAUCAGUCUUGGCCAGAACAUCCCGUCCUGAGCCGCCACUCCUCUCUGAGCAGCUACUCUUCCACCAGACCACCAGUACAGCACACCAUGUCACUGGACUACGGCCACCACUCUCCUCCUCUGCACCAUCCCCACAUCCACCCUGCCCCCAAUGCCCACAGCUCUCCCCGGAGCAGCCAGAGAAGCUGCAUGGCUCACUACGCUCUCAGCCACAGUCCUGCUCAAAGCUUUGAUGAGCAGGAAGACUCAGGUCUCGGCUAUGGCACAGACUGUCCAAACUCCAACACAACUCUGUUGGGAAAUGGAGGCAUGGACAGGGAACUUAUGCCCCAGAUGCAGCCACCCCUUCUUCCAGAGAAGAAGAGAACGUCAGAUGGGGAGCAUUCAUUGGGAACAGCAUCUCCGGCCCUCAGUGGGUUCUCAAGUCCUCACAGUGGGAGCUCCCUGAGUAUCCCCUUCCCAAAUGUUUUACCUGAUCUCUCAGCUCAGAUACUGGGCACAGCCUCACCUCUGCCAGAUGUACUCGUGGGCAAGCAGGUCACUGUAAAGUUUGUGCAGGACACAUCCAAAUUCUGGUACAAGCCAGACAUCUCCAGGGACCAAGCCAUUUCAGUCUUGAGGGACAAAGAGCCUGGCUGCUUCAUUGUACGGGACAGUCACUCCUUCAGAGGGGCCUAUGGACUCGCAAUGAAGGUGGCAACCCCCCCACCCUCAGUUCUUCAGCAGACUAAGAAAGGAGGUGAUCUAUCCAAUGAAUUGGUUCGCCACUUCCUGAUAGAGUGUACACAAAAAGGAGUGCGGUUGAAGGGUUGCCCCAAUGAGCCCUACUUUGGAAGCUUAACCGCGCUGGUCUGCCAACAUUCAAUCACUCCCUUGGCCUUGCCCUGCAAACUUAUCAUACCUGACAGAGAUCCUCUUGAAGAUGUUGUGGAGACGACCUCACAGUCAGUCACCAACUCUGCUGCUGAGCUGUUAAAACAGGGUGCAGCCUGCAAUGUGUGGUACCUUUGCUCAGUGGAGAUGGAGUCACUUACAGGCACCCAGGCGGUGCAGAAAGCCACCAGCAUGACACUGAACUCCAACCCCCCGCCUACCUCCACCGUAGUACACUUCAAAGUGUCAUCCCAGGGAAUCACCCUCACUGACAACCAGAGGAAGCUCUUCUUCAGGAGGCAUUACAACGUCAACACAGUCAUAUUUUGUGCAUUAGACCCUCAGGAAAGAAAGUGGAAAAAAGACGGCUACCCUUCAGCAAAGAUCUUUGGCUUUGUGGCGAGGAAAACUGGCACUUCCAUGGACAACGUAUGCCACCUGUUUGCAGAGCAUGACCCUGAACAGCCAGCAAGCGCCAUUGUCAACUUUGUUUCCAAGGUGAUGAUUGGCUCACAGAAGAGUAAGUAAGUCGGACAGUGUUGGACUGAGCUUAUCACCUGGAACAACUUAAACUUAGAGGAGAAACAACAAAUAGAGACUGAACAGCUAAACAGAGGACUAAACAUUAAGGACUGAAGACAAGUACAACCUCGAUAUGCCAUUCUCCCUGGAUGUUACUGGAUUUUACUCAUAAAAAUGGUCGCUUACCAGCACCAAGACAUUUAAUGACAUUUUGUAGUAGGAAAAUACAAUUUACUCUGUUACUUUUCUUUUGUGUAGACUGAGCUGUAUGUCAUUCGCAACUCUACAUCAUAAGAAAUGUGUUAACCAGUUUUACAGUUUACAGCUGUAAUGUCUUAUUCUGAUUGAUAUGUUUUGUUAUUUUUGUAUAUUAAGAAAAUAGUACACAAAGGCUGCCUUUCUUAUACAUGCAUAUUUAUGAACUAUUAAGAAAAAUCUACCCUGUUUCAUGUGGUUUUAUUUUGGUUUUUCAACCAAAAUUCUUUCAAGCUAUGUAUCGUAUGUAUAUUUUAGCUGAUGUGGAAGCACUUCUGUGCUGUAUCAUCAGGUGUGUAGUCUUUUGUUGUGAAGUUUAAAAGAAAAAAAGAGGAAAGUAGUGCAGCAAGCAUGCACAAUUUGGAUUUUGAGAUAGGCAACAUCGCAUACAGGACUACUUUAUCUAUGCAAUGUAAAGUUUUUUUAUUUUUUUAAACUUCAGCUUUCUGUACAUCUGCAGCAUGCAUGCAGCCUCUCUGAAAUUGUUAAGAUGUAUUUGAUUAUGACCACUUUUUAAGCUGUCAGCAACAUUGAAAUGAAAGUGUGCAUGUAUGGUUAUGUGUGUAUGUGUUUUAGUAGAGAGAAACCUAAGAAAAAUAUUUUAAUGAAACCCUAAUAUAUAUAUAUAUAUAUAUAUGUGUGUUGAUUUGAUGAGUUGCUUAAAAAAGCAAUAUUUUGGGUGGAAGUGGGUACAAAUUAUGUGUCAAGAACAGCUGCCGAAUUUUUGUUUUAGUGCCUUAUCUUUUGAAGGCUUAAUUGCAGAAACAACAGUGCAGUUUUUGGUACCAAAUAGCCUAUAUGUCAAUCAGUUUUCUUUUUUUUGUUUGUUUUAAUUUAAAAAUGGAACAGGCUGCUAAAGGGGUAGAGGAAAUACUGUGAUAGUAUUUUGGGUUUUAACAUGUUCUUACAAAAAAGAAAGGUGUCAUUUGCCAGUGAUAUGCUGGCCUGCUUGCACAAGUAAAAAAGGUGAAGCUGUUUGACUUUAGUUGUCUGCUUGUUGGAAUUGUAUAUGAGAUGAUGCCCAUAAAACUUGAUCAUUUUCAGCUUAGUAUUUAGGGCAUCUUUUUUUAUCAGAGGGGCCUACCAUCACAAGGAGCCCCCUGGUGUACAUUGAUUAUGCGACCAACAUAUUUGUUACCUUUUUAAAAAUCAUUUUCAUAACCUAUACGCUGUACCUCAUAUGUAUCUCAUGAAAUACUAUGCCUCUGUUUAUAACAUACUGUUACAUAUGAACAGUUUGUGUAUUCGUAUUACAUUGUGUGAUCUGUAAAUAAAUUAAACAUUUUAAGCUUGU